UUAUUUUGCCACGACUCCCAUCAAUGAGAUUUCAUGAUGAAAAUUUGCGAUUCUUAUCAGCAAUCCAGAAAAACUACCACGCAAAUAUGUAAAAUCCAGAGAACAAAUACUUGACGGAGGAGGCCUACGAUAUGAGAAGAUUAUGCUACUAACUAGUCAAGGAGAGAGUUCCCCUAAAAAAAAAAGUUAAGGAGAGAGUUCGCAACUUUCAACGUUUUCCCACUCGUCUUACCCAACGCUUCUCCAGUUCUCCUUGCCAUUGCUCCGCCACUGCCAGAUCCUCUGUUCUUCGCCCUCACGGACUGCACCAGGAACAGUCUCCAGCCAUCGUGGAAUCGUGGUAAAAAACUUGCACAGGAAGAGCCCGUAUAAACUAAUCGAAGGCACUGUCAUCUCUAGCUAGAUCGAGACUCGACAAGAAUCAACGGUCGUCGAAUCGAUCGAUGCAGACGUAACGUGCACGCUGAUUAAUUAGUCGUUUCUCUCUGAUCGAGCAGUAGAAGUUUUCCCAAGGGGAGGCAUCGUUCACACAUGCAUCCACAUGAAGUGUGCAGUAUAUUAUGUUACUCUAUACUGUAGUACAUGGAGUACAAUUAAUCCCCUCACAAAAAAAAAAGCUCUACAUGGAGUACACGCAGACCCGGACGACUUGUUAGAUUAGCUGCUAGCUUAUUGACCGAAGAUCAAUCAAACACAAGUACUACAGGUCGACUCCCGUUUGUUAUACAUACACAGUCAUAAUCCAUUGAGGAAGCUAUUUUCCUUGCCUAGCUAGUUAGGCGCACGAGCUGGCCGCCGCGGCCAUGAAGGGCGUCAUCUUUCUCCUCGGUCUUGUUGUGUUGGGGGCGCUUGUCGGUGUGGUCGUCGCCAGCGCUGGGGCGGUGCGGCGGCCGGUGGUGCCGGCGAUGUUCGUGCUUGGGGACUCAACGCUGGACGUGGGCAACAACAACCACCUGCCGGGGGAGGACGUGCCCAGGGCCAACCAGCCUUUCUACGGCGUCGACUUCCCCGGCCGCGCCAUUGCCACCGGACGGUUCAGCAACGGCUACAACAUCGCCGACUUCAUCGGUAAGCAGCGGCAGGCUACAACAUCACCGACUCCAUAAUCCAUAAACACAUGUGUUCAUAUAUACUGAUUGAUGGAUGCAUCAAGGUACCUGGGGUUCGAGAAGAGCCCUCUGGCCUAUCUGGUACUGAAAUCACGCAACUAUCUCAUCCCUAGCGCUCUCACGAGAGGUGUGAGCUACGCCUCUGCUGGAGCUGGGAUCCUCGACUACACUAGUGAGGGAAUCAGCAUCCCAUUGUCGAAGCAGGUGCGCUACUUUGCGGCGACCAAGGCAGAGAUGGAAGCCGCAGUUGGCAGAGGCAACGUCUCCAGGCUCCUCGCUCACUCCUUCUUCCUCCUCGGCGUUGGCAGCAACGACUUGUUCCAGUCCACGGCGACCACCCAGGGCGAUGUCAUUGCGCUCUACACUGCUCUCAUCUCCAACUACACGACAGCGAUCACUGAUUUGUAUGGGAUGGGGGCGAGGAAGUUCGGGUUCAUCAGUGUCAGCCCGCUGGGCUGCGUGCCAGCGGUGCGCGUGCUCAACGCGACGGGGGCAUGUAACGAUGCCAUGAACCAGAUCGCCAUGGGAUUCACCGCCACGCUUAAGUCUGCACUCGCCGGCCUCGCCCCGAAGCUCCCAGGCCUCGCCUACUCCCUCGGCGACUCCUUCGCCGCCUUGGAGACAACCUUCUCCAACCCGCAAGCAGCUGGGUACGAGAACGCGGACAGCGCGUGCUGCGGGAGUGGGAGGCUGGGUGCGGAGGGCGGCUACUGCACGCGGAACUCCAAGCUGUGCGCCGACCACGACGCCUACGUGUACUGGGACUGGAUCCACUCCACGCAGCGGGCUGCCGAGCUGGGUGCCCAGGCGCUCUUCAACGAGGGCCCAGCCCAGGUCACCGCACCCAUCAGCUUCGGGCAGCUGGCCCGCAAGACAUAACGAUACACUUUCUAGUCUAGAGAAAGGAAGAGAAGAUUCAUUCGGAGGUGCUCAUAAUAGUAGGGUAUGCGAGUGUGCGUUUAUAGGGGUGAGUGUAUGCGCGUGUAUAUGAGCGCUUGCGUCUGUACUGUGUUUAAAAAAAACUAUCUCAUUUCCGGUUUAUAGGGCUUAUCUCAAAACUUUCGUUUUUCCGUUUUAUAAGACUCAUUUCUAUUGCUUCCCACCACACACUCAGAUAUCGAGGUGCAUUAAAUCACUACAUGCAAGGACUAAAAGAAAAAUCACCAAUGCAUGUAAAAUUUCUUAGUUAUUUAUUGGUUACGUAUGCAUGCAUUGCAAUUAAUGCAUUGGUAAAUAUAAUUGUUUGAGGAAAACAAGCACAUUAAUUGAGUACUUUUGCAAACUACCAAAUUUAUUUCACCAAUCAUCAUCUACCUUUGUUGGUGAGAUUUUUGAGUUGAGCCCUAUAAACCAAAAAGGAGGGAGUAUUUUUGUAGGGAAUAUUGUAGAUCUUUGAAUAUCCAAUUCUGAGCUCGGGCUCAUCUGCACCUGCUCAAGAAAAA